UUAUUGAAGUGCAAGUAUGCGAGAGAAAGCAUUAUAUUUGAAAUCUUUCAAAAUCUCACGAACGCAGAACUGGAAUUAUUGAUCGAUACCUCCAGAGCUUCCAUCUAUUGCUCAUUAAAUCGCUCGUAUCACUAGCCCGCGGUUAUCUAAGUCGAUCAACAGAGGGAGGAGAAGACCCAAAAUUUGUGGUAAUUGCAAUCAGAUGACGGAAGCCUAAACUGAAAUUGCAAGGGAAAACACCUGAUUGAAAAAAAUAAUUCAAUCAAUCCGAGGGAAACCCUAGCAUUGAAAGAGGAGAUUGUGUAAGAGAGCGAAACCCUACCGAUUUCAAUUACUGAAGAACGAAAUAAGCGGUUACAGUCAAUGAACUAAGAUGUUAUUCGAGAAACAGAGGAAGAUGUCCAUCGAUUCUGGUGCAGGGAAGAUACUGGAAGAAGGGUUCGAUGUGGUUUUUGAAUCGCCGGAACAACUCUGCGAUGAGGAGGUAGUGCAGCAAAGUUGUGAGCUUUCUCUCCACUUGCGGACUAUUCUAAGUGAUGCGUUUUGGCGAGAUGGGUGGCUACGGAUAAAUUACCCUAAGGUUAUCUUCUGUCCUACUAAAACUAAUUGCAAUUGAAGGUGAAAUUAAUUGGAUGAAAUUGAGACAAAUAUCAAAUUGGGGUGAAAUUGUAAAAUUUCGCGAAGUACGUAAUGGAACAUUAGGCCCAUCUACUUCAGGACAAAGAGCUCUCACGAGGAGACACACGCACUCAACACCCUGAACACUGGAGAAGAAAGGGAUAACCUUAACCCAUCAUUCAAUUUAGCACGCAUCUAAUCAUGCUUAUUAUCCAGUAAUUUUUUAUUAUAAAUUAAAAUUUAGGCAUGAUAAUUGGUGCCCAUUUCAGAAACAACGGUGAAAUUACCUCGUGAAAAAAGGAACAAGAUUUGUGUUAAUUUUACUGCGGUUUUGACAAAAGGGUGCUCUGUUUUUAUGUGAUGAAUGUGUUCAGUUUCGGUGUUAUCUUUAAAAUAAAUUGGAUUUUUCUUUUGAAAAUAAUUGAUCUUUCUGCUUCCAGAAAUGCGUUUCGUGUACCCCUCAAAACCUGGAAAAGUGACGUUGUCGUCGCCAGGACAGCGUAAAAACGCUACUAGACGACGUCGUUUUCUAUUCUCCCAACGUAAAUGAGUCUACCUUGUCUAUUUCUGUCAUUUCCUUGUGCUAACCCCCAAAACCUGCCUUUCGCGACUCCCGAGAACAACCCACCAUUGUCUUUCUUUCUUUCAGCUUCGAUUCUAAACACGCCCACACAACACAAAAUCCAACUUCCAUUUCACUAUACUCUUUGGUCAUUUCGCCGUCUCUCCGCCCCUAGCUUUCGCAUUUACACUUCAACCCUUCGAUCUCCAGAUAUUUUCACUCAUUUUUCGCCUUCAAUUUCGGGGCUUCACUUCAGACUAUAAUGCUCGUGGCCACAGAGAAUCGGGGCCCCUGGAGUUCGAGCUCGGUGUCGGAAUCUGUUUUGGUGGUUUAACGGAGAGGAUGGAGCUUAAAGAUUUUCACGACAAGCCUGGAGAGAGCCGUUCGGUGCCGUUUGACAUCGAUCUUAACGAGACUCCUCUAUCUUCUCCUCGUGAAACGUUCGUCUCUUCUACUAGAGAUGACUCUCUUGCGCCGCCGCCCGCCCAGGGGAGUGCAGGUGGUAAGGGUAGACUUGUGCUUUUGGACAUCAAUGCGUUGCCAACGGAGGCUGAGGGAGAAGAAAGUGGCGAAUUUGUGAAUUCUGGGUUACACUUUCACAGAAUAAGAAAGGAAUCAUUGAUGUUCUCAAGGACCAAGGACUUGAAAGAGUGUCAAGAAAAUUUGAAAAGCAGUAUUGCUGGCAAGUUCUCAUUCGGUGUAGAGAACAUGGAUGCUGAGGCUUUGAAGUUGAGGAGUAAUACAAGAGUUGCACACAUUAACUCGGGACCUGCUGAUGUUUAUGGAGCUUCUCAUUGUAAGGAUGGAUUUCCAAUUCAGUUUGAAGAUUUUUUUGUUCUUUCAGUGGGAGAGGUUGAUCCACGACCUUCCUAUCAUUGUACUAGCCAGAUUUGGCCUGUAGGCUACAGAUCCAGUUGGCAUGACAAGAUUACUGGAUCUCUUUUUGUAUGUGAUAUCUCAGACGGUGGUGAUUCUGGUCCAGUUUUCAAGGUUCAACGGUAUCCAUGUUCUACUCGGUCCAUUCCUACUGGGUCAAUAGUCCUGUCCAGGCCAAGCCUUGGCAUGGAUAAUAUUAAUAAAACUGAUAGUACUUUUGGCAUCAAUAACCACGAGGAUAUAAAUUUUCAGAUGAUAUUCUCAGACCCUAGCCCUCCACACCUGGAUUUUAAUAUUUUGACAGGUGUAGCAACUGCUGUGGAUGAAGUCUCUCAUUUUCAAUCAAUUUAUGACUUGCACACAAAUUCAACUUUCAUUGUACAGAAUGUUGGGAAACCUUCAUCUAAUAAUGGAAGACUAGGUGACGAUAUUGGUGAAUUUCUAGUGGAAGGGAGAUCAUCAUCUUCAGUUUGGAGAGCGGUGUCCGAGAAGCUGGUGCAUUCUUGUCAUGAGGUGUACAAACAGACUGGUGUAUGUAAAUUUUGUUGUAGACAUGCUUAUGAAUGGUCAUCAUGCAUGAUCAGCGAGACAGUUGAAGCUGUUGAAUCAACUGAUUCAUUAGCCAAGUUUUGCCAUAUGUCCGCUCCUUUACAUAUUCCUCAUCAUGUUGAAAGUGAUGAGGAGCUUACUACUAGUUGUGAAGCAUUGAUGAAGUGGUUAGCCCAGGACAGAUUCGGACUGGAUAUUGAUUUUGUGCAAGAAAUAAUAGAGCAACUUCCUGGGGUCCAUUCAUGUUCAGACUAUGCGUUGCUCAGUAAGAGAAGUGACAAGUCAAAUUUGCAGACUGUUGGAAAUGGGUUUCUUCUGGCUAAGAGGAAAUAUGAUGUGCAAAGUGAGAAAGAAGCAUAUAGCACGUUAAAUAGGUGUAAAAACCAUAGAAAGCAACUUCAAAAGGAUUUCUGUCCCCCUGGCAAGCCAUUGAGCUCAAAGCUUCCCACAGUUUUAGUUGGUGAUGUUCUUCAGUCAUGGGAGUUACUAUGGCGGUUCUCUGAAGUUUUGGGAUUAGAAGAGCCUUUAUCAUUUAAGGAUCUUGAAAAGGAACUUAUAGACUGUUGUUUCUCUACUCCUAGGAGUAGUUCUGCUUCAACAAUUAGUGGGAAAAGUCAACAUCCAUUAAUCACAGCUGAAACGGAAACUUUGGAAGAAGGUGCAAAACUGAAAUGGGCACCUGAUAGCAGUUGCACUGGCGAAACUUUGUCUAAAGCUCAUCUCUCACUGUUGAAAGUAUUGUUGGCAGAAUUACAGUCCAAGUUGGCUGGUUUUGUAGAUCCUACUCUUGACAGUGGAGAGUCUAAGUCUAGAAAGAGAAGGAAGAAAGAUGCAGAUCACUUGAUUAUUGCUUGGAAAUCAAUGCUUGAUUCACUGCCUAUAAAUGAACUUACUUGGCCAGAACUGGCUCGAAGAUAUUUAUUGACUGUCUCAUCCAUGGAGGGUAACCUUGAUUCUCUGGAGGCUGUAACCCGUGAAAGUUGCAAAGUAUUUCAUUGUUUGCAAGGAGAUAGUGGGGCACUUCAUGGUUCUCUUCCAGGAGUGGCUGUAAUGGAAGCAGAUGCACUGCUGCUUGCAGAGGCUACAAAGCAGAUCUUUGGUGCAUCGAAAAAUAUUAAUGACCACGUAACUAUGGAUUCCAAUGACUUUGAUGCACCCAGUUCAAGCAAUGAAGUUAGAGUGAAUGAUGGUGAAGUUCCUAAAUGGGCUAAACUGCUAGAACCUGUUAGAAAGCUACCUACAAAUGUCGGAGCAAGGAUUCGAAGGUGUAUUUAUGAUGCUUUAGCUCUUAAUCCACCAGAAUGGGCAAGAAAGAUUUUGGAACAUUCAAUUAGUAAGGAAGUGUACAAGGGAAAUGCUUCUGGACCUACCAAGAAAGCUGUUCUAUCACUAUUGGCAGAUGUGUGUGGUGAAAAUCGGCAGCAGAAACCUACUAGGAAGAGAAAAAGCAAGUGCAUAAGUUCUUUGUCUGAGGUGAUAAUGAAACAAUGUCGAAUAGUGCUUCGCCGUGCUGCUGCUGCUGAUGAAGAUAAAGUUUUCUGUAAUUUGCUGGGAAGAACCUUUCUUAACGCUUCUGAUAAUGAUGAUGAGGGACUACUUGGAUUCCCUACAAUGGUAUCCCGUCCUUUAGACUUCAGAACAAUUGAUCUGAGACUGGCCUUUGGGGCCUAUGGAGGAUCACAUGAAGCUUUCGUAGAGGACGUUCGGGAGGUUUGGCAUCAUAUACGUACGGCAUAUGCUGAUCAGUCUGAUUUAGUACAUUUGGCUGAUACAUUAUCCCAAAAUUUUGAGUUGCUUUAUGAAAAAGAGGUCCUCACGCUAGUCCAGAAACUUACAGGCUAUGCUGCUAUGGAGUGCCUGAGUUCUGAGGCCAAGAAAGAAAUGGAAGAGAUUCUUGAGCUUGUAAGCGAGAUUCCCAAAGCACCUUGGGAAGAAGGUGUCUGUAAAGCUUGUGGUGUAGAUAAAGACGAUGACAAUGUUUUGUUGUGUGACAAAUGUGAUUCUGGAUAUCAUACAUAUUGCUUAGAUCCUCCACUUGCAAGGAUACCUGAAGGAAACUGGUAUUGUCCUUCAUGCAUCAAUGGACAUUGCACCACGCAGGGUGCUUCAAAGGUUCCUCAGUUGCUUAGCCAGUGCCUGAAAAGAAAACGCCAAGGAGAGUUUACUCAUGGUGUUCUGGAUGCCCUCACACAUUUAGGUACAACUAUGGAAGUGAAGGAUUAUUGGGAGUAUAGUAUAGAAGAGAGAGUAUUCCUUCUUAAGUUUUUAGUUGAUGAGGUGCUGAACAAUUCUAAUAUUCGUGAAAACCUUGAUCGCUGUGCCUCAGUAUCUGCUGAUUUGCAGCAAAAACUGCGUUCACUAUCUAAGGAAUGGAGGAACCUGAAGUGUAGAGAAGAAGUCCUUGCCGAAAAGGCGGGAAAAGCGAGUACAGUAACGCUUAAUGGCAUUGGAAAACUGGGAAUGGAAGGUAUGAGUAGUAUGCUCCCAAACUAUGAAAAAUUGAUGGGACAGCCUCUUAAUAGUAGCAGUUUAUGUUUGAACCCCUCCAUUGAUCUGGUAUAUUUGGAGGAUGGUCCACAGGCUCACAGUUCAAAUGAGUUUACUAAACAACCAUACUGGUUAUACCCAAAAGUUGUUCCAGAACAACAUUCAACCAGCAGUGGAAGUCAAUUUAUGAAAAUUCCUGAUUCUGAAUGUCAAGUAAACCAACCUGAUUUGAAAGAGUUACAUGCCAGUAACCUUGAGGCAAUCGUCAUCAAGAAUAGGAUUUCCAUCUUGCGGGAUUCAAUUAACUGUCUGGACUCACAAUUACAAAAGGUAUCUCUGAGGAAGGACUUUUUAGGGCGGGACUCUGCUGGACGACUGUACUGGGUUUUUUAUAGGCCGGGUACAUCUCCAUGGGUGGUUGUUGAUGGUACAACAUUGGUGCAGCAAAAGAGCAUUGUCGAAGAGCACGGAAAACUGCUGUCUGACAAUCUGACUCUCAAUUCUUCUCCAACUGGAGGAGAGGAUCUGUUGAAGUUCAAAGAACCAAAUGCUUUUAGUUCAUAUUUAACUGAUGUGGCUAAUGGCGCUCUAGUAUCUUGUCAAUGGUUUUCUUAUGAAUCCGAUACUGAAAUUGAAGAACUUAUUCAAUGGUUGAUGGAUAGUGACCCAACACAGAGAGAGCUGAUAGAGUCUCUUUUGCAGCGGCUGAAAGUUGGACAUAAUAACUCCAAUAAAACUGGAGAUUAUGUUGAAGAAAUGUAUCAACCUACUGCAAUGCCCGUAAAUGUUGAAAAAACUGUGAAGUUGAAUGCUCUUAAGACUAAAGCUUCUUUUGCACUUGAGAAGAGAUAUGGUCCUUGCUUGGAACUGGAUGUCAACAACACUCCAGUAGAGUGGAGUCAAAAUGCAGAAGUAACUUAUGAUGAAAGAAUGUGCCGUUGUGAAUGCCUAGAGCCCAUAUGGCCUUCUAGGCAUCAUUGUUGCUCCUGCCAUUGGUCAUUUCCCACUAAGUGUGUUCUCAAGGAGCACAAUGAUGGAAAGUGCAGUUCAGCUUCACAUGCCUCUCAGAACAGCAAAGUGAUUGGUGAUGCCCUGAAAGGGAAGGCAACGUUGAAGAGUGAACAGGGAGAAUGUUCUGGCAAAAUGAGACAAUGCAAGUCUGGUAGUGAGGGGCAUGAGAUUGAGUUUGGGUUGGUUGGAUUUCCAAAGGACUUUUCAUCCCCUUACAACAUUGAAGAGAUAAGUGCCAAGUUUGUUAUUAGAAGCUCUAAUAAAGAAUUGGUGAAGGAAAUAGGCCUUCUUGGUUCAAAUGGCAAUCCAUUGUUUGUACCAUCUGCAUCUCCUUAUCUCAGUGACCCCACCUUGAAGUUAAUGACUUCCUGGGAAAACAAGGCUAGUUGGGGUGAUAGGUCCACAAGUGUGGAAAAUCAGUCUCAGCGAGCUGUUGAAGGAAACACAAUAGCCAGCAAGAAACAUCUUAACAAUUCCAUCAUCUCUUCUAAGAGAUGCACUGGAGGUGGCAUUUAUAAUGGAUUGGAAGAAAUUGGUAGAUUGAACACACUGAAUGACAAGAGAGAUCAAUCCUCUUUGAGAUUUAGCUCUUCAAAACGAAGGAACGUUUUAUCUGAAAUUCAUGAUUCUUCAUUGAGGCCCCUUGUGGGAAAGGGGGCUCAAAUUCUGAGGCAGCUCAAAAUCAACUUGCUUGAUAUGGAUGCUGCGCUUCCUGAAGCAGCAGUAAAAUCCUCGAAGGCUCACCUGGAAAAAAGAUGUGCCUGGCGAGCAUUUGUCAAAUCUGCUAAGUCGGUAUUUGAGAUGGUUCAAGCAACAAUUGUAUUUGAAAACAUGAUUAAGACAGAUUACUUGAGAAAUGAAUGGUGGUAUUGGUCAUCACUUUCCGCAGCAGCUAAGAUUGCUACUGUCUCCUCACUUGCCCUCAGAAUAUACACCUUGGAUGCUGCUAUUGUCUAUGAAAAGCCUCUUCCCUUCUCUUCUCCUAAAGAAAUUGCAGAAGUUGGUAGCAGAUUGGAAAAUAAUUCCUCGCCUAAUACAGAUCUAGCAAAUAAUCCAAAGCCAAGUAGCAGGUCAGUUGUAAGAGUUAGUACUGUUGAUCCGAUUGACAACGGCAAACCACAAAGCAGAUCAGCCAAGAAAAGAAAAGAUUCAGGAGGAUGAAUAUAAAAAGCAUUCAUCUUGUUGCCAGAAUCCAAAUUAACCAGCAGGUCGCAUUUGUCCGAUUUUGAACAUAAAUUUCUAACCUAACUGAAACACGAGUCGUCUAUGGGCUUGAAGACUGCUGGUAGGGGUGGGCGAAAUUGAUGCCUUUGCACCUCUGUAUAUAUAAAGUUGCUGCGUACAACAUACUGUUUUCUCAGAACUCGAGAAUCACAGUCGUUUUCCUGAAGAACAAAUCCACAUCCACAGCAAAAAAAAAAAAAAAAAAAAAAAA